CGCAUUUGCCGUGAGGAAGAUGGAGGAACAAGGCCAGGUCGUCCAGCUCACGCAGGAAGAGCAUGCUGCCCACAUGGCGCAGAUGGAGGCGCAGCUCAAGGUCUUCUGGGCAGGGCAGCUGGCCGAGAUGGAGAAGCUCGAGGUCGGCAGCGAGCAAGACUUUAAGAACCACAACGACCUGCCGCUGGCGCGCAUCAAGCGUAUCAUGAAGUCGGACGAGGACGUGCGCAUGAUCAGCGCGGAGGCGCCCGUGCUCUUCGCCAAGGCCUGCGAGAUGUUCAUCCUCGAGCUUACGUUGAGAUCAUGGGGCUACUCGGAAAAGAACAAGCGCCGGACGCUGCAGAAGGAAGACAUCCAAACUGCGAUCCGCAACACGGAUAUUUUUGACUUCCUCGUCGACGUGAUCAACUAAGCGCUCGCGUCCCUCGUGGUGCCACAUCCCGACAACAAGAACACACACCUUAUUAGUAGUAAACCAAUGUAUCUCGCCUGCUUGUCUCGCUGCAUUUGCGC